ACAUUUAAAGACAGUUCAUUAGUAGCAAGAGGUUUGAUGACAGCUUCAACUCGCACUUCAGCAACUGCCACUGCUACAAGAAGUGUAAGGUCCCCACUAGCUAUUUCAACUUCCAUCCAUACAGUGACAACAACAACAUCGGUUUUGGGCACCAGGGCCCCUUCACGAUCAGGUGGAACCUCAUUAGUGGCAAGGGGUAUGGUGACAGCUCCCAUACACGCUUCAGUGAAUGCCAUAGGGACAGGAAGGGACCAGAACAGCAGGGUGAGGUCUUCACCAGCUGUUUCGACGUCCACUCAUACCUCUGCAACUACUGCGGGGAUGAGAAGGGACCGGAACAGCACAGUGAGGCCUUCAUCAGCUGUUUCAACCUCCACUCGUACCUCUGCAACGGAUACAGGGACGGGAAGGGAUCGGAGUAACAGGGUGAGGUCUCCACCACCUGUAUCAACCUCCACUCGUACCUCUGCAACUGAUACAGGGACGGGAAGGGAUCGGAGUAACAGGGCGAGGUCUCCAUCACCUGUAUCAACCUCCACUCAUACCUCU